GCAGAAGCGUAUUAAAUAUUUUGUUAAAAUUGAAAAGCAAAUAGUGGAAAUGAAUUCACUUAUGUUCAUCAAUUCCAAGCACUGCCUUGUACAUACUAUGUAUAUGUAUAUACUAAUUCUACUACUUCACUAUUCAUCAUAUGCUUUCAUUCACAUCAAUCCAAGUAACUCUGACUCAUCUUCUAACAACUUUCAGUGUGACCAAGCUUCAGCAAAUGAUGGAGGAUAUCCAAGUGUUUGGAACACCCUUGUUGGUGAGGAAUAUCCAAGUUUUCCUAUGUACUAUGGCACAGCCUCUGUUAAAAGAAGUAGCUUCCCCACUGAUUUCAUGUUUGGUACAGCAUCCUCUUCAUAUCAGUAUGAGGGUGCAGUGAAUGAAGGUGGCCGAAGUCCAAGUAUAUGGGACACUUACACUGAGAAAUACCCAGAAAGAAUAAAAGAUCAUAGUAAUGGUGCGGUUGCCGUUGAUUCAUACCAUCUUUUCAAGGAAGAUGUGAAUAUAAUGAAGGACAUAGGAUUCAAUGCAUAUAGGUUCUCAAUCUCAUGGAGCAGGAUACUUCCGGGUGGAAACUUAGCUGGAGGAAUAAAUAAAGAAGGCAUCCAAUAUUACAACAACCUCAUUAAUGAGCUUCUUUCAAAUGGAAUACAUCCCUUUGUAACUAUUUUCCAUUGGGAUUUGCCUCAGAGCCUUGAAGAUGCAUAUGGUGGCUUUUUGAGUCCACACAUUGUGGAUGAUUUUAAGGACUAUGCAGAGGUGUGCUUUAAGGAAUUUGGGGACAGAGUGAAACACUGGAUUACAUUGAAUGGACCAUCCAUUUUGUCUCUAUUAGGCUAUGCUCAUAUUUUGAAAGCCCCAGGAAGAUGCUCAAGCUGGUUGCCCUUCAAUUGCUCCGGUGGAGAUUCCGCCACUGAACCUUACCUUGUGGCUCACCACCAGCUUCUUGCCCAUGCUGCUGCUGUCAAACUUUAUAGGGAAAAAUACCAAAAAUCUCAAAAGGGUCAAAUUGGGAUUGCUCACAGCAUUGACUGGGCUAUACCUAUAUCCCAUUCUGCUGCUGACAUUGAUGCAACAUCAAGAGCACUGGCUUUCAGGAUAGGAUGGUUCAUGGAACCAAUAACUUAUGGUUCAUACCCUGUUGAAAUGGUUAACUAUUUGGGAGAUAGAUUGCCAAGAUUUUCUCAAGAGCAAUCUAAAAUGGUCCAAAAUUCAUUUGAUUUUAUUGGUAUCAAUUAUUAUACCACAUCUUAUGUGACGGAUGCUGAAUGUCAAGUUGAAAAUCAAACAGCCUUCACAGACUCUUGCACAGAGUUAACAAAUGAGCGAAAUGGGAUUCCUAUUGGUCCAAAGGGUGCCUCAAAUUGGAUCUACCUAUACCCACAAGGAAUUGAGGAACUACUAAUAUACAUGAACAACAAGUACAACAAUCCAAUUAUAUACAUAACCGAGAAUGGAUAUCCUGAGGCUAACGAUGGAAAAAUGUCACUUGAAGACAGAGAAAGAAUAGAUUGCCAUAUUCAGCAUCUUUACUACAUUCGCAGUGCUAUGAGGAAUAAUGAUGUUAAGGUGAAGGGCUACUUUGCAUGGUCAUUGUUGGACAAUUUUGAAUGGGCAGAUGGAUACACUGUUCGAUUUGGACUCGUUUAUGUUGAUUAUAAGAAUCAUUUAAAAAGAUAUGCAAAAUCUUCAGCCAAAUGGUUUAAGAAUUUUCUCCAUAAACAAGUAGAAUCCCUCUGAAGUCUGAACAGCAACCAACAGACACAUGCCUGUCCUCACUAAUUUACUAUUUCUUUUUUUUAAGUUGAGAUGGUUAGACUAAUUAAAAAGAAAUAUCUCUUCUUUUGCAUAUAAAUGAAUUACAUAUAAUUUUACACAUAUAAUUUUUUAGCACUUUAUUUUGGGUGUAAGUUU